CUGUUAGAUUCUGGUUGGCUAAGGAGCGGUCGUUUUCAAUCUGUUUCUAGCCGGCUUCACUGGUUUAUAGCGUUGCAAUACGGAAAUAAUCCUCAGACCCAGGUGCUGCACCUUUGAAUCAGGUAUUCGUCCACAAACAAAAGCUGCCCAGUAACAGCGCAUCAUAAUUACAGUAAAAAAGUGAAAUAUGGCACAAGCAGGACCAGUCGUUACCUCUAGUAGCAGCCCUGAACACAAUAAGAAGCGGAGAGUAGCUCUCAUCACGGGCAUAACUGGACAGGAUGGCUCUUACUUGGCGGAAUUCCUACUGGAAAAGGGCUAUCAGGUACAUGGGAUUGUACGACGAUCCAGUUCUUUUAAUACUGGGAGGAUUGAGCAUCUAUAUAAAAACCCACAAACACACACUGAAGGGAAUAUGAGACUGCACUACGGGGAUCUUACUGACAGCACCUGCUUAGUGAAGAUUAUUAAUGAAGUGAAGCCUACAGAAAUCUAUAACCUUGGAGCACAGAGUCAUGUCAAAAUUUCUUUUGAGCUGGCAGAAUACACUGCAGAUGUGGAUGGUCUUGGUACCUUACGUAUCCUAGAUGCUGUUAAAACUUGUGGCCUUAUAGAACAAGUGAAAUUAUAUCAGGCUUCCACUAGUGAGCUGUAUGGGAAAGUUCAAGAAAUUCCUCAGAAGGAGACUACUCCUUUCUAUCCCAGAUCCCCUUAUGGAGUAGCCAAGAUGUAUGCUUACUGGAUUAUUGUGAAUUUUAGGGAAGCCUACAACAUGUUUGCGGUUAAUGGCAUUCUCUUUAACCACGAGAGCCCAAGAAGAGGAGCUAAUUUUGUGACUCGAAAAAUCAGCAGAUCAGUGGCCAAGAUUCACCUCGGACAGCAGGAUUGUUUCACAUUAGGUAAUCUUGACGCAAAGAGAGACUGGGGUCAUGCAAAAGACUAUGUUAAGGCCAUGUGGUUGAUGUUGCAACAAGAAGAGCCUGAAGACUUUGUCAUCUCUACCGGUGAGGUCCAUAGUGUUCGAGAAUUUGUGGAAAAAUCAUUCAAACAUAUUGGAAAAACUAUUGUGUGGGAAGGGAAACAUGAAAAUGAAGUGGGCCGUUGUAAAGAGACUGGUCAGAUUCAUGUGAGGGUUGAUCCUAGAUACUACAGGCCUACUGAAGUGGACUUUCUACAAGGAGACUGCACCAAAGCAAAGAAGAAAUUGGGCUGGAGUAUCCAAGUUACUUUUGAUGAACUAGUAAGAGAGAUGGUGACUGCUGAUAUCGAGCUGAUGAGAAACAAUCCCAAUGCCUAAAUUGUCAAGCUUCUUGUAUCUUUUCCUGAUGCCAAACAUUUAAUGAUAUGCUGUAGACGGGUGAAACUAUUUCUGUACAGUAGUUGCAAAUAAUGAUUAUUUUGAUAUAUAGUGACUAUAAAAUUACAUUUAACCUUAUUUUUUUAUUAAUGCAGGCAAUGAAUUUACAUUUUUGUUGAUUUAUAUAAUUUUAAAUGCUGGUAUAUGGGCUAGGGCAGUAUGAAGUUUUAAUACAGACUCCAUUUAUUACUGUAUUCAUGAAAAAAAUGUUUCAGUGCUGCACUUUGGGUCUUUGGAUGAUAGUGAUAUGUUUUUAAAUUAUUAAUAAAAUUUUUAAAUGCA